GGGUCGUGCCUGUGAGGAUGGCAGAGCAGGAGCCAACAGCGGAGCAACUGGCCCAGAUUGCAGCGGAGAACGAGGAGGAUGAACACUCUGUAAACUACAAACCUCCUGCCCAGAAGAGCAUCCAGGAGAUCCAGGAGCUGGACAAGGAUGACGAGAGCCUGCGCAAGUACAAGGAGGCACUGCUGGGCACCGUCACCGUGAGUGCAGAUCCCAACGCUCCAAAUGUGGUGGUGACAAAACUGACCUUGGUCUGUGCUACUGCUCCAGGACCCCUGGAGCUGGACCUGACAGGUGACCUGGAGAGCUACAAGAAGCAGGCGUUUGUGCUGAAGGAGGGCGUGGAAUACCGGAUAAAGAUCUCCUUCAGGGUGAACAAGGAGAUUGUGUCAGGGUUGAAGUACAUCCAGCACACGUUCCGGAAAGGCGUGAAAAUUGACAAGACCGAAUACAUGGUUGGGAGCUACGGCCCCCGAGCAGAGGAGUACGAGUUUCUGACCCCCAUGGAAGAGGCCCCGAAGGGCAUGCUGGCCCGGGGCAGCUACAACAUCAAAUCCAAGUUCACAGAUGAUGAUAAGACUGACCACCUGUCCUGGGAGUGGAACCUGACCAUCAAGAAGGAUUGGAAGGACUAGCCCUUCCCGAGGCCAAACCCCAGAGAGCGUGAAUCAGACAGUGGCUACCGUAGAAUUCCCCCCCUGUACCAAAGUGCUGACAUUGGAACCCUCUCCCCUGUCGCCCCAUUAUCGUUUGACCAGAGAGCUCAGUUUCGUACGCGCCCCCUCCCCAGAGAAUCGCCGAGUGCACUGGCCAACCCCUGCUGUCUGCAUCUGUUCUCCAGCUGCCCGUCCGGGGCUGUGCUGCCCCAGCGCCCAGGGAGCUCCCUCACCUGCCUCCCGCCCUCCCUGCCCGGGAGGUGCCAGAGGGGAGGGACUCCUGUUAGGAUCCUGCGCUUGGCUUUCCUGCACACAGCUCAGGGUAGCUACUGCCUCCCAGUAGCUGAAGAACUGCGGUGCCAGGCAGCUGUCGAAUCCAUUCAUUGGCUCAAAUCAUUUCGCCUGUCCCUUCUGCCCCGUCAGUGUCCCGGGAGCACUGGCAGCUUCAUUUGUGGAUGUUCCCUGUAACCAUGAUGCCUUAAUGUGUACCAUGUAUCCUCUAGGGAGGGGGCCCUGCCCCUGUUACACUUUUUAAUCGCCACCCGCCCUCCCCGUCCGUUGGCAUGGGCUCAGCUUGGUCACACCCCCCAUGGGUUAUUAGGAAAGAUUCACAACUUCCCGCUUUGCUGCUGGUCCGUUCCUCCCCCAAGAC